AUGAAGCUUCCUCUCUUGCUCUCAGUGUUGCCAAUUCUGGCUGUCGGCCAGAGCACCUCCCAACAGUCAUUCGCAAACCUAUGUGGGAGCGGUCAAGCCACCGGAACUAAAACCUUUAAUGGCGAGCAAUACACUUAUUAUUGCAACCAUCGUGCGACCGACAGCGACCUGUCUGGCCUCACAAGUGGUCAUGAUGAUCCGGCUACCUGUGCCGCCCGAACAGCUGGAGCCCCCGCAUCAGUGGGGGUAACUUGGCUUCAGGAUGGCAGAUGCGCUUUGGCAACUGCGGGACCUCCAUACCCCGACAAUGGUUAUAUUUUCUUUGAAAAGGUGGUAGCUUCCGGGGGUGGCUUCCCUUCAACUUGUUGUCAGGAGCGAGACGAUUGUCGAACCAAGCUUCAAGCAUGUGAGACAGCCCGAGAUCAAUUCAAGAGCGAACGUGAUACUUGCCAGGCGGGAGCAAGUGGUCCCGCUCCUGGAACCGGCGGUCCCUCUGCUGGAGGUGGCAGAGUUUCUGACUGUGGAGGGUCGGGACUUAUCAAAAGGCCAGCUGACACAGUGGCCAGUUUACCCGAUUGUGUCGACAUAUGUGCCCAAGUCCCAACUUGCAAGGUGGCUGCUUUCUUACCUCAAGCCAGAAACAACUGCUUGAUGUAUACCACACAAACCGGUUACACCCCGAAAACUGGUGCCCACAUUGCAGUGAGAUAA